AUGACUGCAAGAAGAGUUGCUCAGUUCCAUCAAAUUCCUCAAACUAUCAUAAAUUCUCUUCAUCGGCCACAGAAUUCAUCCACCCAUUUGAACCCACAAUUUGUAGCUAAACCUCCUUCAAUUUUAGCAACUGAUCUCAUCAAGUCGUACUUUGAGAAGGGAUUGGUUAAAGAAGCUCGUGUAUUGUUCGAUGAAAUGCCUGAACGAGACGUGGUUGCUUGGUCUUCUAUGAUCAGUGGCUACGCCUCGUGCAACCUCUAUAAUCGUGCAUGGACGAUGUUCUACGAGAUGAUGAAGGAUGGUGUCAAAGUGCAACCUAACCAGUUCACGUUCUCUAGCGUACUUAAGGCUUGUAAAGGCAUGCGGUCGCUGUCUUGUGGUGCAUUGACUCAUGGAUUGGCUCUUAAGCAUAGCAUGCAUGGGAGUGUGUACGAGGAGGCUGAACCAAAUCCAUACAGCUUUUCAAUUGCUGUUAGAGCUUGUGCCUCAAUUCGCUCACACAGCUAUGGAAAGCAGAUACAUGCUGCAGUGGUGAAGCAUGGAUUUGAAUCCAGUAUUCCUGUAAUGAAUUCAAUAUUAGACAUGUAUUGUAGCUGUAGUCAUUUGAGUGAAGCAGAUCAAUGUUUUCAUGGAAUGCCCAAGAGAGAUAUAAUCACAUGGAACACUUUGAUUGCGGGACAUGAAAAAUCUGAUCCCUACGAGUGUCUCAACCACUACUCUGUUAUGGAGUCAGAAGGUAUCACUCCAAAUUGCUUUACAUUUACUAGCGUUAUAGCUGCUGCAGCUAACAUGGCAUUAUUGAGUUUUGGAGAGCCGGUUCAUGUAGUUCUCCCACCCCCUCCUGUUACACCUAUCCCUUCACUCCCCAGGGAUUCCGGACAGCUAGACAAUCAAGUAGUUCUUCCAUUCAAAAUGUUCAUUGCUCAGAGGGAGGGAAUAGAAGCAUAUUCUGUUACUAGGUAA